AGCUCGGUUGCGUAGCAACUGUCAAACUUCGACAGGCAGAAAGAAACGCUUAUGAAACGAAUAUAAUUAAGGCGCUUCGUGUUACUUUACUUUUCUUUUCUUUUUUUUUUAACAUAAACACAAUGUCCAAACCAGCACAGGUAAAGAAAAGGGAUCACGCCGCCAGCAAAACGUCUGCAUCUGACCGGCAGUAUGAGACACCCAACUCCUCUGAGAGCCUCGAAAAAUCCAAACUUUACAUCUGGCCCGAGUGGAGCGAUGCCGAAGUCAGCAAGGAGAAAUGGGACGUAUCUAAAGGAGAAGGCAGAAAGUCAAUCAAGAGCAAGAGUAAUUCUUCAUUCUUCGAAGAUCCAGAAGGAAAGUUGUUUCUGCCUCCAUCCCUGAAGGUGCACACAUGGAAACGUCCAACUGAGUUUAUUGUUGAUAAGGAUGUCACUGUGGUUGAAAACAAAAUGGACUUUGACCUGGUCUCCCCCAACAAUCAUUUGUUUGGUUGUGAGCUGAUGAGGUGGAUCAUCAGUGAGAUCCAUAUUGUUUGGAUGCUUUGUACAGACUCAACCUUCCAACAAGACAACUGGAGACCUUGGGAGCACAUCUACUCAAUGUGUGACGUGGUGAAAGGUCAUGUGCCACUUUAUAACAGCUAUGGGAAAUAUGUGAUCAGACUUUACUGGAUGGGUUCCUGGAGAAAGAUGACCGUGGAUGAUAACAUGCCGUUUGAUGAGGAGAACAAUCUGCUUCUCCCUGCCUCCACUUGUCAGUCAGAGAUUUGGCCAAUGCUGUUGGCUAAAGCUCUAAUUAAAAUAGCCUCCACAAUACCAGUUUUCCGGGUUGGUGGCGAGAUGAGCGAUUUCACCUUUAUCCACUCCCUCACUGGCUGGAUGCCAGUAAUCAGUCCUAUAGUGCCGAAGCACUCGGAAAGAAUAUGGGAUUUCCUUCUAGACAACAUUCCUAAAUUUACACACGAUGAUAUGUUUUUUGGAAUGUCGAUGUCUGACAGUGAGGAUCCAGGGACCUCAGACCAUGACAACAAGAGUCUGGUUCAGGAGUCAGAAAAAAGCACAGAUAAAUCCAGAAGACACUCCGUCUUUAGUUGCGUCUCCGAUCCAGGUCCUCCAAAAGUUGCAGUAUGUGCCAGCUUCUACCCUUCUCAACAAGAUUCUUUUGGGCUCGUUCAAACGGCAACUUCCUCAGAGCUUUUACGGUUUUAUGGUUUGUCGAUGCUGCACAGCCAUGUUGUCCUGUUGACCAAAACCCGUUCAUGUUCGCUGAUACCUCCUCCCAAAGCUAAGAUGGUGUCCCGAUGGAAACUCAUCCGUCUGCGCAAGAAGAUAGUAGUCACAUCUGAGCCUCAAAGGGAAGGCGGUUCCUUCUCCAUGAAGGAAUCAUCUCAUAUGAAGAUCUUAAGGGAGGAAUGCAGUACCUACGCCCUGAAGAAAACACCUCGAAUAAAGAUCAUAAAAGAGGAACCUGAGCCACCACAUGAGAAAUUCAUUGAGGUUACCAGCACUUUCGUUUUUCGCAGUGCCACAACCACUGGAGGCUUUGUCCCAGAACCUGACAUAAGGAGUGAAUCCUGCGUCUCAGAACCAGAGACCAAGGUUAGCACACCAAGGAAGCGUGCCCGUAGACCCAGUAUGUUGGUGAUUACUGAGUCAGAGGAGGCAGACAGACGUGAUCCUGAAGUAGCUGAGCUAAGCAGCACUGGCGAACUGAAGAUGCCUCCACAGGUUACAGCAGAGGACAAGACAAAGGACAUUGAUCAGCUCUCCGUUGAUCAACUAUCAACUUCACUUAAAGAUCAUACAUCCAAGAACGUCAAACCCCUACUCACCACAUGGGUGGACAUGGAUGACUUUGCAAAAUGUUUUCAGUCAUUGUUGGUCUUUCACAAACCCCAGAUGUACUCUCAUCAUGUCCAGAAAUCACAAUUCAAGAGCACUGUCCUGUCAAAAGAUAUGGGUAGUAUCAGCGGCUCUGCAACGUCUUGUCAAUAUCCUACCAAUAGAUCUGUGGAUAUAGCAAGUGCUGAGUGUUCAGAGGUAAGAGGAACUUACUAUCUUUUUGUCGACUCCCUGGAACCUUGCGAGAUCCUCAUCGGUUUGUCUGCCUUGCUUCACUGGGGAGACAUUGGUGAAAAGGCAAGUCCUGUUGAGAAAACAUCAUUUGGAAUGCACAGGUCUGCAGCGCUUCUUAUUCAACCUCAGUCCUGGACAAGCUUGCAGGCUCAGCUUCCAGUUCUCACUAUCAAGACCACCUUCUCAAAGACAGCUGUUCUUACCUUGGAACCAGGGCGCAACGUGUUUUCCCUCCACGUACAUUCGACUCUAGGCUACCACAUCCACCUGAGCAGCGAGACGCAAUUCAUGUUGGGAGAUGAAGAAACCAUUAUGCCCAGCCUAGCAAAGGAAAGUGUUCGCUUCAAUGAGCAGGCCUUGGUCAUAUUCAAAGCCUUAUCCAAAGUGGUCGCUUCCUUUACUGAUGACCAUAAGCUCCUGUCACGCAGAAAGACUCUGGAAGUUACUUAUUUCCCCCAAAUCAUCUAUUUUAAAACUGGGACAAGAAAGCACCAAAAGCUGUUUAACUUGGCAGUGUUACACAUGUUUCGUGAGGCCCAGGGCAGAAAGCUGACAUCACAGGAGUACUUUGCACUUCAAGCUCUUACUGCUGACCCCUCACUUUGGGCCCCUGAUGUAGAAGUAUCACCUUCUAUCCCAAAUACAAAAUGCCCUGAAGCAUGGGAAGACAGGGAGCCAACAGACAAAGAAAUCCAGGCAGUCACAAUUCUGCAAGCUCGAUUAAAAGGGUAUUUGGUGCGAAGGGCACUUAAAGCCUCAAAGCCUGGUAAAGGAAAAAAAGAAAACCUUCGUGCUUCCAAGAUCCUUUCAGAAAUGUGGCAGAAGGUUGAAGCAGAUCCAGCAAAACAUUCUGCCUUGCUGCUACGAUACAUUAUUGAUAAUUUAGAGGAGGAAGAAGAACUGUACCCUUGUCUGCAGGAUGAAUUGUCAAGAAUCGCCUUCGCUGAUUACUCAGUCUCUUGCCAGGACACAAACCAGUCCUGGGCUUUGGUCUUCAGAGAGGUAUUCAUUGUUCCAAAGGAGAUGCUGCUGGUGCCGAUCAUCUUGUCUCCAUUUUCUAACUGUUGUCUGCACGUUGUUAACAACGACACGGGACAGGAAGUCGAGAUGUUCAAAGUGGUGCCCCACAUUUACAAGCCCAAUAAGCUUGGUUAUACGUUUGUUGCGGAGGUGGUUAAGCCCGGCUUCUCUCUCAGUGAUAGCAAAUGGAGGAUGCGGUUGAUCGGCCUAAAAGAACCACUUCCAAAACUGAGCCGUGAAGUUCCCGUCAGUGCGUUCUCAGUGAAGCAAUUCCAAGAUUAUUACAUUCCGAGCGACAAAAAUCUCAUAUGUCGUUACAGUGUUCACGUGAUUGCAGAUGCUAUGGGCACAAUUCAGUUUGAAACUUCUGACCAAAACGUGUUGAUACACUUGUCUGUUCUGGACAAGGAGGAGGAGAUGGCCGGCAUCACUGGGAGGGGCUUUGUUGUACUACCUGUAUUCUUCUUCAAGGCAAACAAAGGUCAACAGCCAGAACCCAGGAAGGACAGGCGACAAAGCUUAGAUGUUAUAAGUGAAAGAUCAGACCUGCCCUCUGACUCCAUCCCGGACCAUAAGUAUGUGGUGCAAGCAGAGAUGCUCUGUAAGAGCUGGCAUUUGGAUGAAACCCAGCUGGAUUUUGUCCAUAUGCUACAAGAAAUGAAGAAGAAUGAAAUCAGAGUGUUCAAGCCUGGAGAUGCUAAGUCUUUGUCCAGAAUCGGCACACCAGGCCACAACGGUACCAAGACUGAAACACCAAAAAUGAGCCGAAAAGUUGAAGCUGAGAGGCACAGAGGAAGGUCUACUGUCUCCAUCGCUGUUUCCAAGCAAGAAUCGAACCUGGACCUGACUAAGGCAAAUUACACACUGCGUGUCGCCGCUGACCACACCAACCCGGAGUGUAUUGAAGUAAAGAGAGAUACAGAGAGAAUUGACCAGAUUAAAUCCAUGAAAAAAGCCUGGGAAAUGACUGAUCCAGGGCGUUUUGAAAAGGCUUCUCAGUCCCGCCUCCAGUUCCUCAAACAAAUUAAGCAACUGGAAGGUGGUCAUCAUAUUCCACCUGAAACCCAGGCCCAUGAUCCACUCAGCUCUGAUCAUGUUACCCAGCCCAGUACAACCAGCAGUGAAGUGACCAGCCCAGCCAUGCCAGAUCUGUACACAAAGUUCAGUCAUUUGUUCAGACAGCAGAAAGAUUUUCCAGAGCUAUUGGACUCGCGGGGAGAGGAGGAGAGGGAGGAGAAGCUCUACGAAAAGAUCCACAGCUACCGGGUGACCCGUGAAAGCAUGAUGGAGCGCUACAUGCAGCACAUGAUGGAACAAUAUCAGCUGAAGAAGUGUCACGUCGAGACGUAUGAGAAAGUGCUGGAGACCAGUGAGAAAUUAUCCGAGGAUUACAAAGAAUUUUGCAACCGUCUGAUAACGUGGGUAAAGGAGCACGAAGAGAAACCAGCUCAGGAGGAGGCUGAGGUGCCGCCUCCACCCCCUCCUUCAUCCAAGAAAGGCAAGAAGAAGAAAUAAUCAGUGACUUUGAUCUUCAAUCUCAGUUCACCUCAACACGUUUGCUGAAGAAUCUUAAUUUUAUUUGUUGUCUGUUCUUUAUGGCACAGUGCCAAACUACAGGUUUGGCUGCAUAAUUCAAAGUUGUUUGUCCAUAUAUACUGUUUUAUGACUUUACUUAAACUGCAUUGUGCAGUUGUUUAUGGAUGUUUGUUAUGUUAUCCAGGUGCAGCGAUUGGAUUAUCAUUGGAAAGUGAAUUUAUUUGAAUAAUUCAACUCAAAAAGUGGAACUUUUAUUACACAAAUUAUUAGAAAUUCAGUUAAAUCUGGUUGCUAUAGCUUGCCGGUAAUGAAAACCUUCAAAAAUUGUUUAUUAUAAAAUGUAAUUUUUUGAUAAAGAAAUGUUGGCCUACUGAGUAUAUGCACCUAACAUGUGGAUGGAUUUAGCUGUUUUUUUAUUAGUGCAACGAUGUACGUCAGCAUCAAGGUGUUCAUCCUGUGCCUCUGCUGGGAUAUUAAGGAAGUCCAGGAGACUCUGAUAGUGACCUUCAACUCGUCUGUAUCGAUGGGUCUGGUGUCUCUCGUUUUCAUUUCUUCCUCCAGACUUCGAGAACCGUAAUUUUUCAGGUUUUCAUUAGCUGUAGGCUUUAUCCAUCCAAAUUCACCGUCUAAAAUUAUGCUGCAUUUAUGAGUUUCACGUUUUUGAACGGAGUUGCUGAACUAAAUUAACUUUUCAGUUAUAUUUUUAUUCAUCUUCAAGUUUUUAAUUGUAACAACAUAUUUACUUUUUUCCGCUUACAUUUCAUAAGUUGGCAUAAAUAAAGUUUAUAAUGCAUAA